AUGUCAUUACCUGGACCUUAUUAUAAUGAUGAUAAGAAUUCCUUUGCUUAUCCUACAGUUAAUAAAAGAUGGCCAACCAUUAUUGAUGGUAUGAUUUCUGAUGUUCAAUAUGCAAUUGAUAAUAAUGGAUCUACGGUUAGUGGUAAGAAAUUAAUUGAUGAAUUGAAUCAACUUAAUAAAGAUUUAGUUAAUGAUGAGAUAGUUAGGGAGUUUACCGAAGAAGAAAUUAAUUUGAAUCAAGAUUUGAAAUAUUAUAAUGAAUCUUUAAAUAAGUUGAAUAAAAUUAGAAAAGUUACUUGGAAAACUGGACCUUGGUUAUAUUUAGAAUGUUAUUUAUAUCAAUUAGUUAAUGUUUGGAUUAUUGAAGCUUGUAAAAAAGAUCAAAUAUGGAAAGGAUUUGAUAUUUUUGAAAGAUUAAAAACUAAAACUUUUAAACAAUCAGAACAUGGAGUUUUAGAAUUAUGUAAAAGAUAUGAAAUUUUAUCUAAACAAUUAGGUGAAGCUGAUGAAGAAGUUUUGAAUUUAUUAUUUAAAGAAUUUAUUGAUAUUUCAUUAUGGGGAAAUGCUACUGAUUUAUCAUUAUUAGCAGGUAAUGUAACUCUUGAAGAUAUUAAAUCAGUUCAAGGUGCUGAAGUUCGUAAGAAAAAUGAAGAAAAGAUUUUAGUUAAUGAUUUACCUAAAGCUUGGAAACAAUUAGAUGGUAAAGAUAAUAAAAGAGUUGAUAUUGUGUUGGAUAAUUCUGGAUUUGAAUUAUUUGCUGAUUUAAUUUUAACUUUAUUUUUAUUGGAUUCUAAAAUUGUAAAUGAAGUUCAUUUACAUUGUAAAGAAAUCCCAUGGUUUGUUAGUGAUACUAUGCCAAAAGAUUUUCAAGAUUUAUUAAAUCAAUUAAAUGAUUCUGAAUUUUUCAAUGAAAUUCAUACAAAUGAUCCACAAGCUAUUAAAUUAGUACAUGAUGAAAUUAAAAAUUAUUAUGAAUCAGGUAAAAUUAUUAUUAAUCAUGAUUAUUUUUGGACUUUAGAUUUAAAUUAUUGGGAAAUUCCUAAAUUUGAAUCAUUAUUUAAAGAAUUACAAAAAUCAGAUUUGAUUAUAUUUAAAGGUGAUUUAAAUUAUCGUAAACUAACUGGGGAUUUACAAUGGCCAACUACAACUCCUUUUAAUAAAGCUAUACAAGAUUUGGCUAAUUCUGGAUUACCUAUAUUAUCUUUACGUACUUGUAAAGCAGAUGUUGUUGUUGGAUUACCAGAAGGUGUUAAUGAGAAAUUAUGUAAAGAAUAUCAAGAUCAAGGUAAUGAAAAUGGUAGAUUAUGGAGUAGUUCAGGUAAAUGGGCAGUCAUUUCAUUCAACAAAUAA